AUGUAUUCAGCAAUUGCUAGUUCCAAACCCUAUCGGUUCUUUGUUGGACCACAGAGGCGCAAGUUCACGAUUCAUUCUGAAGUUGUUGCGGGAAUAUCCCCCUAUCUCGAUAAGCUAGUCAAUGGUGAUUUCAAAGAAGGAAUUGAAAAUCAAGUUCAGUGGGAGGAUGUGGACGAAGAGACAUUUGUAUGCUUCUGGCAGUACGCUUACACGGGCGACUACGAUGUUCCCAGGGAGCCAAAAACACCAGAGGCCACAAUUAAGGGUGAAGGCCGGGGUGAAAACGAGAUGAAAAGCCCUGAAAAUGCAAAUGAACCUCAUACAUUUGUGGAGGUUACAACAUCCGGAAAAAGCACCAAUAAACAGGCCGAUCCUCGUAUGCGAAAGAAACAUAUGAAAAAAAGGUCCAAAAAAAGGUUGACAGAAAACGCCCGGCGGGAGGAAGAAGGAGAAGAACCCAAGCCGGAGCCAAGCUAUGAGCCGCCAUCGAAACGAAAGCAACUGUGGGAAGUAUUCACGGCACUCCGGUUAACCAACAGUUAUCAGGUCGAGGUCCAACCGGCACGGGAGAGCCAGAGAGAUGAUUUCUACGCCAGCGAUUUACUCUGCCACGCACGAGUAUUCGCUUUUGCCGACUGCUACGGUAUUUUCGAUCUGAUGGAGCUGUCUUACAGUUGCAUUCAUCGUAUUCUGUGCAACCUCGACCUGCGCACCGAGACCUUGGCCGAUAUUAUAGCCUUCGUGCAUUACUGUUACGAAACGCCGGCGCCCCCCGACUUGAAGGAGCUCGUUGUGCUCUAUUCUGCGUGCAAUAUUGAAAAACUCUGGGUUGACGAGCAGUUCCAGCAUAUAAUUGAGACCCAUGGCGAUCUAUCACGGGCUGUUAUUGCCUCCCUACUUGGCCGCCUUGCCUAG